ACUUUGUCUUAAAAACUCAGCCCCCAAAUCCUUAAACCCUUCUCGCCACUCUCCGUAAGGUUUUCUGCAGAAAACAAACCAAACGAAAAAAAAAUGGAGAUGGCUCAAGAAUCAUAUGAAUUGGAUGUAGGUAAUCUUAUGGCUUCAUACCCACAUCACAGUUUUGCAUCUACACCUUCUUCCAGGGAGGAGUUGGUGAAGGAGUGUCUACAGGAGGGGACCAAGUUAGUGCAAGGUAUUGCAGAUGCUCUCUUCAACUUACCUUCAACAGAAAGCCCUGAUGGUCCUCUUGUCCAGUUGCCUCAACCAACUACGAGAUUGCCUAGAGAGAAGCCUCUUCCAAGGCCUAAACCUCCAACAAAAUGGGAAGUGUUUGCCAAGAAGAAAGGUAUUCAAAAACGUAAGAAAGACAAGGUGGUGUUUGAUGACCAAACUGGUUCAUGGAAGCGCAGACAUGGCUACGAUCGUGUAAAUGAUGACAAAGAUGUGCCAAUCAUUGAUGCCAAGGCAACUGAUGAGCCUGGUCAAGAUCCUUUUGCUAAGAGACAAGAAGAAAAGAAGAAAAGAGUAGAAAAACAAGAGAAAAACCGAUAUAGUAACUUGAAGGAAGCUGCAAAAGCUGGUGCUUUGCCAAGUCAUGUUCAGCUUGCUGCCACAGCACUGCCUAUAACAGGAUCACAAGCUGCACCAAGGAAAAUUAGCAAGGAUGAACUCGGAAAUGUUGCUGGAAUGGCAGCAAAUGCAACAGCUAGUGGCGGAAAAUUUGACAAGAAGUUGCCUGGUGAAAAGCCCCCAAAACAUGACAAGAAGUAUCGAAAGUUCCUACCAGUUGCGGAAGGAUCAGGAAUGGGAUCCUUAGAGAGACAACAAACCGAGAAAGUCCUAAACAAAUUCAUGGCCAAGAACUCCCACGAGAUACUCAACGUGCAAAAGGCUAUAAACAUGUACAAUGUGAAAAAAGAUAAGAAAGGAAGAAGCCAAGGAGGGAAGUCAUCGUCAACCGAUAACAAAUUGAAGGCAAGGAAGUCACCUUACAAGAAAUCAUCAACAAAAGGACCUUCAAAUAAAGGAAAAUCUAAGUGAAUUUCAUAUUCCAAAUUGUAGUAGUAUACAUGGUAGUCAAC